AUGUAUAAAUACGUAAAAAAUUUCGACUUCAGCAAGAUGCGAAACGCCCAUUCCGAGCCGUAUUUACACCUUACUCAGGUACACGUCAGCUCAGUGGUUAGAGCAAUGGUCUUACAUGCUUCAGCCCUCAAGUACGCCAUGGGUCCCAAGUUCGAACCUUGGAUGCGGUACGAACACGUUUCGCGGUUUCGCGAUUUUUUUUUGCUGAUGUUGUCUUCAGCACCGCCUCCACACGUGGCAUAUUCGGCAUACUGGAUAUCUUCCCUUGCAGGGGACAUCUUCCCUUUGCACGGGAGCAGGAGGUGCGGUAAGAUACCUGGACAGGCAUGCAAACCUAUCAUGGAAGGCAGCCUUGCAGCCUCUCAUGCGCUCCCGACCACCCGCUGCAUGACUCCCUCGAAAUCCACAUAUACCACGACACCGCUCGUACCUCCGCGGGCCUCCGUCAUCUCAUUCCAUGUACUGUACCAUGAUAGAAGUGUCCCCAUCUCCUCCUUGUUCCAUGCCCAUCCCGCAUCCGUUGAAGAAUUGACAUUCGCAUCUUCCCUGCCUGGCGGUACAUACCUCACGUCCCGGGGCCACCCACCAGUUUCCCUUACGUACUAG